GUAAUAUUUCCAAAGCUUGUCUAAUACUGAGAAGCAUAGAGGAGUUAAAGCAUAAACCGGGCAUGGUAUCUGCGUUGGUGACCAUGUACAGCCAUGAGGAGGAUAUUGACAGUGCCAUUGAGGUCUUCACACAGGCUAUCCAGUGGUAUCAAAGCCAUCAGCCCAAGUCCCCUGCUCACCUGUCCUUGAUAAGAGAAGCUGCAAACUUCAAGCUCAAGUAUGGACGGAAGAAGGAGGCUAUUAGUGACCUAGAACAGCUAUGGAAACAGAAUUCAAAAGACAUUCACACCCUCGCCCAGCUUAUCUCCGCUUACUCGCUUGUGGAUCCAGAGAAGGCUAAAGCUCUCAGUAAGCACCUGCCCUCAUCGGACAGUAUGUCUCUAAAAGUGGAUGUUGAGGCUCUCGAAAAUUCUCCUGGUGCUACGUACAUUCGGAAGAAGGGUGGGAAAGCUACUGGAGAUAAUCAACCAAAGGAACAAGGACAGGGAGAUUUGAAGAAGAAGAAGAAGAAAAAGAAAGGAAAGCUGCCUAAGAAUUAUGACCCAAAAGUUACCCCAGAUCCAGAAAGAUGGCUACCAAUGCGAGAGCGGUCUUAUUACCGAGGAAGGAAGAAGGGUAAAAAGAAGGACCAGAUUGGAAAAGGAACACAGGGAGCAACUGCAGGAGCCUCCUCCGAACUGGAUGCCAGUAAAACUGUGAGCAGUCCACCUACCUCCCCAAGACCUAGCAGUGCAGCAACAAUAUCUUCCUCUACAAGUAACAUCGUACCCCCAAGACACCAGAAACCAGCAGGGGCCCCAGCAACAAAAAAGAAACAGCAACAGAAGAAGAAGAAAGGAGGCAAAAGUGGCUGGUGAUGACAAUGUACUUGUUGCAGGCUGUUCUUAAUCCAGUGUCAGUGACAUAGGAACAUAAUAAAGGUAACACAGCAGGAAGCAUAGCACUCCCUCCUCCAUCCCCAUAGUCCUGAAAUGCUUUCUUACACUUCAGUGAGAAAAUAUCCUCCUCACCAAGUAGCUUUACAGAAGACUGAGAUGACAGCAUACAUGAUCUAAGGUUUCCCAGGAUUUCAAUAGAAAGUGUUUCUGUUUCAACUCAUGUGAAGACAGGCGUUUGUGUUAAGUCUCACCUUAAAUUAUGUCUUAGAAGGCUAAAGGUGGAAUCUUCUGAGCAUUCCAAGUAUUUGUUUAGAACUAUCAUGUGAUGAAAAGGGAUCUUAUUACUGAGUGGCCAGAAAGACUCACUGUGUACAAUAAUUAACCGUAAGUUCUCUGUCCUGUGACACUGGAAUUGGGACUCUUUUGUGUGUAUGUACAUGUGUACACAUCUGACUCCUUUGUACCCUUGUCGUUUUCUCAGAUUAUGUUAACAUGCUGAUUUAGUUCCACUGAAGACCUCACAGAAAUGUAUCAGUGUUCUAAGCAGUUGACUCUUAGAGCCAGUGUUCUGAGGGCAAAUGGGUUUGGGCUUCUUAAUCUGAACACUUAAUGGCCAUGCUCAAGAACAUAAACUUGAGCUUCUUUAUUUUAAGAGGAAACGGUAUCAGGCCGUAUUGAAAUUUACAAAAGCGUUUGGCCCAGUUAGUACUCAGUUGGCUCCCCUUUCUAGUGAAGGGACAUGACCUUUCAUUACCCUUUUCAAAGUAAUGGGGUUUGCAGUCACAUGGUGGUGUCAAUGUUGCUCUUGUCGUUCGUUGCUCGCAGGCAACCUCACACUCAGCAGUUAGGAGACACCUGGAGUGCCUCCACGUGGUGAGUAUUCAUUUAUGCCACCGGAGAUAGCAUUUACUUCACACGUUUCCUGUGCCAGGUUACGCUGUCCUUGUUAAUAAAGUGCUGCUGUGUUUGAGCAUUA